AUGGAUGACCACGGUGUUGAUGGAGAAAUUGAGGAGGUGUGGGAAGAUCCUGCCACUGAUAAAAGCCAACGUGAAAAGGAUUUAUCUUCUAAAAGAGGCGUGGCUUUGAAUUCCGAUCGCCAGCACCCCCAGAACAAUAGUCAUCAGAGAUCUAGUGGUCAUUAUUUAUCUAACCUGGAUAAACGCAACAAUAAUAGGCAUUCAAAAAAGCACAGACAAAAGGAAGUUGGUUCAAACAUCACCAAGAAUUCCUCCAGAGGACGUAAUCAUUCUCACAGAUCCACACAGCAGCACUCAAGACAGAAUGCUCACAAUUCCACAGAAGACGAAGAUCCUUUAUCAAAAUCCCCCAAUGUAACAGAGAAAAAUGGUGUAGACUCUCGUGGCAAACCUGUGAGGUGGCCAGAAAAGGGUGAAACCGAAGAUGGUGAGAUUUUGGAGGAUGGAGAACUUGAUGAUGAUAAAGAAGCACCAGAAAGUCAACAGAUGUCUGCCGACACAGAUCACAUGGAAGCUUCUGCUUCCAAGUUAAAUAAAGGAGGGAAAAAUGAAAGAAAAAGAAAUCGCAGACGAGGCAAAAGACAUCAUGAAAAUGACAUAAAGAAGAAAAACUAUGCAGAGGUUGCGGAUUUUCAAGAUGGGAAAAACCAGGGACCAUCAUGGGGAUCAGGUUAUAACAUGUCGAACCAAAGGGAGCCAGGAUAUAAAAGGGGAGGCAAAGGCUACCACAGUCCACUUGGCUUAUAUGAUAGUCCAACAGAGGACUUAGAUAAUGAGCUAGUGUCACAGACACUGUUGACAGGAGGAUACCUUGAUGCCUCUGUUGCGGCUGAUGAAAAACAGGGACUUUUUAACCACAAGCUCAGCAUAGGGAAGCCCAGCAAGCGCAAAUAUGAAAAAAAGGAAGGGAAAAGAGGCCGGAAUGCUGACAGCAGUUUUGAAGGUCCACCACAAAAGAAAUCUCUUCUCGACAUGCAGAUGUCUGAAAGACCAGCCUGCAAAUUUUAUUUGGAAGGAAAAUGUGCUAAGGGUGGCAUGUGUCCAUUUAACCAUGAUGUGGAGAAACCCAAGAAGAUGGAGGUCUGCAAGUAUCACUUGACAUUCAAAGGUUGCGUCAGACAGACAUGCCAGUUCAUGCAUCAUAUCCUUUUUUAUUACCACACUGGUGGCAAAUGCUUUGCUGGUGACAGGUGCAAGUUUUCCCAUGAUCCCCUCACUGAAGCAACUCGGAAAGCAUUAGAGUUGAGAGUUGCAGCUGAAGACAUAAUUAACAUGGAGGAUCCAAGUAGCAACAGCGAGCAGAGACUGAGGGAGGCCAACAAGUCCAGUUUGUUAGGAUCCCCACCGCAGCUGAGACCUGAACUAAAAAAGAUUCCGUCUUUGCUUGACAUAGAAGUGCAUAUGCCAGGACAGUCGCCUAAAGCGUCACCACAGAUUGUUAGGCCAUCUGGUUUCUAUAAUGAUACAACCGAAAGCUCUGGGCCAGGACCUAUUAACAGUGUGGGACUAAUGAAGAAUGUCAUAGCUAGUAGUCUCCACAGCCAGCUUUUAAAUAAAUCUGGCGGUGGUGCAGGGUUACUUCCCCUGCCUGUAAGGCCAGGCUUCAUGGGCAGUCAGCCAGGCCUGAACCCUCAGCAUCAAAGGUUUGGUUUAGGAGCUUCUGUUCCAAUGAAAACCACUCAGCCGCCACAGACUGGACAUAUUUCUCCUGUUCUGAACAUGCUUGGCGCCAUUAUUCGGGAAGCAGCCACACAGAAAGGACCAGAUAGCCAAAGCAGUUUGAUGCCCAAGGUUAGCAUGGGUGUCAGCGGCAUGAGCCCAAGCUUGAAUAAUGGGGAUCACAAUAAAAUGGCUGUACAGAGCAUUGCCAGUAAUACAAACAAUUUUGGGUCUGUGAACACUGGUUUUGAUAAGGCAGCAAACAGUAUUGCCAGUUAUGGAAAAAUGGGCUCUAUUGAAAACUUCAGCCAGGACAAAGACAUAAAAUCAAAUGUCAAAUUGAACCAGAUUGUUAGCAGUAGCAAAACUGCUUCAUCAGGUCAACGGAAUAUGCUAGAAGAGUCCUGUAAAACAGAGGCUGGUGAUACAAGUCAGAGAAAUUUUGAUGACGCGGAAGAAAGCCAAGAUAUUUGCGAGCUGAACAAAAUUCGGCAGCAAAUACAGGCACAGAUUGAUGAAGAAGAACAGAAAGAAGUUGCUGAAGGUGAAUGUGAAGAACAGAAGAUUCAACUACAAGAGAAACCUCCUGCUGACAUUCAGGAAACAGAAGGUUUGAGCACUUGUAACACUGUCUUGGUGAAAAAGGAAAACGUAGAAAUUCCCACACAUCUGCCUAAAACACAGCAAGAGCUUUUCAAGAGAAUACAACAGCAACAGUUACUUCGGGAGACAGAACUGGACAAACAGAAAACAUGUAUAACUGCAGAAGAGAGUAAAGCCAAAGAUGUGGAUGAUUGGUAUUCUAGUGAUGAGGAUGAGGAAGGAGAAACUAAACCUAAACUGACAGAUGUGUUGAAAAAGUUGAACCAAGAUCCAUCAUCACAUGCUUCUGGGCCAUCAGCCGUGGAAACCCAUAUUACCAAUCCACCUGAGCAAAAGACUGUGCCAUCAGCCGCCUCCACUUUCAACAUCAUGCAGAUGAUCAAUGCUAUCAAAGUUCAGAGCCAGCUCUCCAAGCCAGAAAUAGAAAAUACUCAAACAACCUUCCAGCCAUUGAACUUGCCCCAAGACAGCCUUCAAGGACCGGAUUCUGUGAUGUCGCCAGCUUCACCAACAACAACUGUGCCAACCACAAUCAUGAAAUCAUUUGGUAUACUCCAUAACGUAUCCAACUGCCAACCUCCGCCACUUGCAGUGGAUCCGCCUGUGAUCAGUGCUGUCCCCUUGAAACCUCUUAAUUAUGUUGCUGUGAGAAUAUCACUUGAAAUGCCCAAACCAUACGCUGAACUCUUAGACUCUGUCUUUGCUGCAGAUCCUGCUUUUAAAGAUGAUCCAAGGGUUAAAUGGCAUCUCAGCUAUAUUGAAAAGCAACCACCAAAGGAGCCUCAAAGUGAAAGUAGCAGUGAAGAAAGAUCUCACAAACCGUCUGAUCCACGCCUCACCAAACAAAGUGAUUCCAACGGCAAUGAUAGGAUAGAGGGCGCUAGAACAUCUGACCCUCGGUUACACAGAACUGAACCUCAGUCCUUGCCUGCUGACCCAAGACUUGCUCGCUUGGCAGGUGGCAAUUUUGACCCACGUCUUAAUCGCCAGAUAAUCCAGAAUCAAAAUGGCAGUGAUAUUUUGAACAUAAGAGGUGGAGCUAUGCCAGCGAAUAUUAUGAACAUGGACAACCCAGUGGGUAGUUUCAUGAACGGCCCAGUGAAUAACGUGGCACCGGUACAGAAUAUGAAUGGCGGUAUGCCUGGCCAUAUUAUUGGUCAGAUAGGAGGUCAUGUGAAUAGUUUUAAUGUAGAAGGCCGCCGAAUGGUGCAGGGUGGAAGUGGGUCACCAAAUAUGACAGAGUCAGUGGUUAAUCAAAUGAACGUGAUGGGAAGACCCAUGAACCAAAUGGUUGGUGAGAUAAAUCAGAUGCAUUUAUUGAGAGCACCACACAUGCCAUCGUUUGGUUUGGGUGGCAACAGAAUGAUGAUUAGCCAGGAGAACACAUUGGAAGAUCCUCUGUGUCAGCCAAAUCAGUUACGUACUGAUCCGUCGCUGAUUGUAUCAGGGGUACAUAAUUCAUCAGAUCCUCGGUGCGGAUACAAGGUGCUCAACGAGAUGCAUGGCAAUACUGAUCCUAGGUUGCGACAUAGAUCUAUUGGCCCUAUAGAUCAGCAACAAAGAUUUAUGAAUCCUAGAGACCAGCAACAAAGAUUUAUGGGCCCUAGAGACCAGCAACAAAGAUUUAUGGGCCCCAGAUAUCAGCAGCAAAGAUCUAUGGAUCCUAGAGACCCGCAGCAAAGAUCUAUGGAUCCUAGAGAUCCGCAGCAAAGAUCUAUGGAUCCUAGAGAUCUGCAGCAAAGAUCUAUGGAUCCUAGAGACCAGCAGCAAAGAUAUAUAGAUCCUAGAGAUCCACAACAAAGAUCUAUGGAUCCUAGAGACCAGCAGAAAAGAUCUAUGGAUCCUAGAGACCAGCAUUUCAAUAUGAAGGAUUCAGGUUUGUUUAGAAUGAGUCCUAACUCGGACACUGUCAGUUCAACAAUUCAAGGCUCCGUUAAUCAGGGAACUCUUAUGCAUACUAACAAUUUUAAACCAUUUACACAUGGUUUGCAACAGCAAAGAGAGAUUUCUCAAAGCUUAAACGUCGUACAGAAAGCUCAGGGUGAUGGACUUUUGCCAUACCCAUCAUCUGUAGCAUCAUCUAUGCCAAACUCAGACACUGAUGACUCUUCACUUACUAAACUUGAUCACAGAAGAGACCCACGUUUUAAACGAGUGAAAAAAGUAUCUGGCCCGCAGAAGGACAGCAUGGAAUACAGUUCACCAUUAGGUGAUGACAAAUGUGUGGAUGUUCCAGGAGGUAAUGGCCAGUAUGGCUCAGCUCAUAAUAGCUAUAAUCGUUCAAGGUCUAGCCACGAUACCGGUGUAAGGGCGGUCCCUAGCCCUCCGUUACCAGACACACUUCGAGAUUUUAGUCUUCCAGCGUCACCAUCUUUGAAUGUUGCAGAACCAUUUGUGCAAGUUAAACAUCUUUUUAAAACAAUUGACCCGACAGCAUCUCCAUUCUGCUGA